AUUGAGGAGUCUUAAAAUAGAAGAAAAAACAUAAUUAUACUGGCAGCUGACAGUUUCACUGUACACCUCCAGAGUAUAUAAAGCGACAUAGAGCAGAUAGCUGAAGAGAUCACUUUUAAGAGGACUCUGAACAGGCUGAAAGAUUAAGAGAGGAUAAACAAAGUCAGCUUCUAAUAUUCCUGCUUGAAUCCACUGUAUCCUACAUAAAAUUACUUAUUCAGAAUGAAGACACUUCUCACAAUAAUUUUGACCAUAGGGUUUAUUAAACAAGCAUCUUCACAAUGUAAACGUCCAUGUCUUCCUGAUGAAGUGUGUCAACCAUUUACAUCCUUAAUUAAUGAGUCCACUAGUCCUCCUGUGACCUUUUCUGGCUAUGAAUGUAACUGCAUCUCAACCCUGUAUGACAAUCCAGACUUUAAAGCUUUACUCAAGCAGCUGCCAAUUUCCUGUAAUCCGUUGCAGUUUUCAGUAAAUAUUUCAUCAUGUUUGGGCCGUACAAUGAGUGAGUUCGAUUAUUUACUCCCAGAUGAAAACAUACAAGAAAAUCAGUGUUUCAACAAGGUGUACUCCCCAGACUUUGGUAUUGCUACUUUCAAUUAUAAUUUCACUUCAUCAGACCCUAACUGUGUCGCUGUCAUCUCAGUAAAUGCUACUCAUGUGACAACGAGCAUAAAUGUAUUGUUUGAAACUAACAAAACUGCACCUAUGAUAUUUUAUAAUGAUAUAAAUGUAAACUACAGCUGCUCUUACCCACUGAACUACAACGUAAGCCUUGAUGUAGGCCUGAACCCAUACAUAAGUACAAACAACAUAAGUGUUACAGGAUCUGGGACCUAUGUUACUACAAUGCAGUUGUACAAGUACUCAGACUAUACAGUGCCAUACAAAGUCAGUGACAUGCCAAUCCGCCUUACUGUUGAAUCACCAUUGUACAUAGGAGCAAGUGUUCAAGGUGCAGAUCCAAAGCUUUUCCUCAAGGUGUCAUCCUGUUAUGCAACUCCUACACAAUACUCUAAUGACUCUGUACAAUACCCCAUUAUCGCUGGAGGCUGCCCAAUACCUGGAUCUCCUGGUGUACAUUUUGACUUAAAUGGAGUUGCACACGUCGUUUACUUUUACAUCAAGCUCUUCAAAUUUACCACUUCAGAAACGGUGUACUUGCACUGCACUUUUACUCUCUGCAGUACUGAUUGUUUAAACGACUGUUCACAGAAAUCUUUAGGAGAUAAUAAUGAUCCAGCCACCCCCUCGCACACAGCAGGACCUAUUGACCAGGUCAAGAAUGGCAACGGUGUCUCAACUUCAGGAGCUGGUACCAUUGCUUGCACGGUUUACAUCUGA